CGUCCUUUCCACAACACUUCAUCACCGCUUCUCCGUGUAAGCUAGCUUCGAGAUGGCAGAUGCCGACGAGGAACACCUCUUAGUUGAUUUCGUCGAAUCCAGCAUGCUUUCUGGUGCGCCAGCACAGGUUUGUUCGGAGGAAGAUACUGGAGGAGCUAGCAGGCCAUCGAAAAGGCCCCGAACCGAAGAAGAUUGCUCUCGCCAAGUUCGUCGCAAUCAGGUUCUUCCUCUUCCGUCUUCUACACGGAUCGAAAGCGGUGUUUUCAGCAAUAUCCCGCCUGAGGUCAUCCACCACAUCUUGAAGUUUCUCUCAUCCGAGGAUCUUAUUUCAUGCUCUAUUGUAUGCAAGUUCUUGUGCUAUGCGGCCUCUGAUGAGAGCCUGUGGCGUCGUCUGUACUGCAUGCGAUGGGGCUUGGCUUCUCCUUCUUGCAAACUGCGUGCAUCUGCUUGGAAGAAUCUUUACAUUCAACGUGAUCGAGAGGAUAUGUCCGAGUUUGUUAGGAACACACCAUUCGAGUUCAAGGACUAUUUUAUCCAAAUGCAGGCUGCAAAGAGAAGUCAAGCACCACUUCCUUCACAAGUCAAUGAUGAUCACAUAAUCCUUGAUAGAACAGUUGCUGAUCAAGUCUCCAUUUGGAGAAGUAGCAGAGGGUUCACUGAUGAAACGGUAACGGGGCAUACUUGCUCCGGAAAUAGCUGCACCUAUUCUCAAAUUGGGGAUGUCUUUCUCUGCGAGAAAACUGGUCGUGUGCAUGUAUGUGAUGAUACUUGCCGAGAAGCUGUUUGGGAUCAAGAUAGCGGACUUAUGGUUUGUACUAUUUCUGGUCAAUGCUUUGACAGAUGGCUUUCUCCCGAAGAGGAAUCUGAUAAUCAGGAUCAACAGCAAGAUGAGAUGGAGCCAUUUAUGGGAUCUGGUCGUUUUGCGCGAGCCUAUACACUGGGUUACAGUUGUGUGGAUGAGGAGGAACUGGAAGCAGCGUUGAGGUUUUGCUGAAAUUCAAGUCUUUUGGGGUAUUUAUGAUAUGGCCUUAAAGGGUUUAGUUGUAUUAAUGAAAUAAAUAAGUUAUUUAAUGCCCUUUUAACAGGCUCAUGCAUGAUUUAUGAGAAAUGUUAUAUAUUUAAUCUUUUUAUUUUGGGCUUGGCUUUUAUAUAUAUAUAUUUGUUAUUA